CCAGAGGUCGUCAACUCUCGGAAACGAAGGAAGGAAGCUAUUAUGAAGAACAAGGAGCUCUUGUUUCAGCCGCAUGCUAGGCGACAUAUUUUACCGAAUGCAUCUCACUUUGCACUACCAACUGGGCUUGAACAGGGAAGUAAGUAUUUCCUUUACAAGAAAACCUAACCAUCUCUAACAAUGUCAGCCCGACUUCUGGCUUCUGUAACAUUUGUGCUGAUCAUGGGCAGCGCCAUCGUCAUCAUCCACGAUCGUACAAGACACUUGACAGCGAGGUCUAGUCGCCUAGGUAACGACGGCGUUUUCACGGAGACGACAAUGGACACUGGGGAUGAUGAUGUCCCAAAAGCUGCCGGCAAUUCGGAGUCAAAUGCCGCAGCUUUCCCUCUUUUUGUCAAAAGUGAGACAGAUGAGAAGAAUUCUUUCCAGAGUUUUGCUGGUGAAGAUGAUUUCAGUCUAAUUAUGAAUAAUCUAAAUGCCGCUUUGAAGGAAAAGGUUAUGGAACGAGAACUAGUGGAGGCAAGAAGAUCGGCCAGAAGACGACGUAGUGUGGAUGAUGCAGGUUCCUCCCAACUGACUCACCUGACCGUCGCCUUGAAAGCACUGGAGUCAGAAAACACCCAACUGAAAGCCACCGUCAAGGAGCUCCAAGGAGCGAGCAGGAAAUUCAUGGCCAAGGCGCAAGAGAUCGAGACGAAGUCCAACUUGGCCAUCUCGCAGCAGAUGACGCAGGCAGCUGCAGCACAUCAGCAGCAGCAGCUGGCGUUAGGACAGCUGCAGCUACAGCUCUCGCAACUGUCCACAAAGACGAUGAAACUGCAGGACGAGAACGAGGCUCUUCGAACGCGGCUACAGAGCUUGACCUCUGACGUCACUGCGGGUGAGCGUCAACGGUCAGCCUUGCGCGAGAAGGUGGAAAUGCUGCAGCUGCAGGCGAGUGUUCUGGCAUCAAACGUGUCGGAAAUCAAGUCUGGCAGCACACAAACCGUUCCUCGUGAACCAGAAUAUUCGCUGGCGGGACGCCGUGUUCCACAAACAAAAUAAGCCUUACCUAUCUGUAUCCAGCCUUACCUAUCUGUAUCCAGCCUUACCUAUCUGUAUCUAGCCUUACCUAUCUGUAUCCUGGUUUCAGCAAAGCCAGUAUUUGUCUACGCAGUGAUAAGUCUGCCAGGAAACACUACCUAUCUGCUAUUGCUUGAAAAGCAAGUUGCAAACGUUUAUGUUUAAGCAAGGUUCAGAAUAUGGCUCAUUGAGCUGUUAACUCAAACUUAGCUAGUCUUAGUGCUUUAAUAUAAAAAUGAUUAAAAUAACUGAAAUUGAUAAAGAUAUUAUUUAUAGUAUUAAGUCCUUAAAAAGUAUUUUGAGUCUCAGAAAUAUUUUUGUUGAAUGAAAAAAUAUUAAAAGUUACAUAUACAUAUGUGGAAAAGUAUCU